AUGACCACGAAAAUGUCAGAGAAAUUUCCCUUUCGGGUGAUAAUCGUCGGAGGCAGUAUCGCCGGCCUUUCGCUGGCUAACAUGCUUGAAAAAUAUGAAAUUGACUUUGUGGUUCUCGAAAAACAUGAGACAAUUGCACCUCAGAUUGGCGCCAGCAUCAGUCUUAUGCCUCCUGGCGAGCUCAUUCUUGAUCAACUUGGUUGCUAUGAGGUAUUGGAGAAGCUGAGCUCGCCUGUGAAUACUUAUUCCUUCUAUGAUGAGCAUGGAAAUGCUAAGCACCACGAUGGUUGGGGAUCAAUCCUAGAGGAAUCAUUUGGGUAUAAAAUUCGGUUUCUGCAUCGGCAACAACUGGUCCAGGCUCUGUUUGAUAAUCUCCAGGACAAACCCAAGGUCCUGACUUCUCAUACCGUUGAAAAGAUUGAACUUGUUCCAAACGGUGUGGUGGCUGAGACAACGUCCGGGUCUGUAUUUACUGGAAGUAUUGUUGUUGGUGCAGAUGGCGUACAUAGUCGUGUUGCUCAGGAGAUGCAACGAUUGGCUGAGAAAGAAUUCUCAGAGCUGAGAUCGCACCCCUUAAACGAUGGUCUGUACAAGGUUCUCCGGUGUAUCUUUGGCAUGUCCAAGCCUUCGCAGCUUGUUGUUGAAGAUCAAAUGCUCAAUGUCUCCAACAAAAGUCGGAGUUACUUCUGUGCGGGUGGCACUGAUGGGCAGAUGUACUGGUUUGCUUUCGUGAAUAACGAAAAGCCCACCCGAGGCUCUGCCAUUUCUCGCUACACAGCAGAAGACAAGGAAAGCCUCGCAGCGACGCUCAAGGACGACAUUAUCAAGCCAGGUCUCACAUUUGGGGACCUAUAUGCAAGCCAAACGACUUCCACUUUGGUAGCUCUUGAGGAGGGUCUGCUUGAAAAGUGUUUCCAUGGGAGGAUUGUUCUGACAGGUGACUCCUGGCAUAAGGUUCAUCCGGUCACUGGGCAAGGAGGAAACCAAGCUAUCCUCUCGUCUGCAUAUCUUGCAAAUAAAGUGGACGAGUUAACCGGCGCUGCGGCAGCUCCAGACAAUCAAGCCAUUGAGAAAGCAUUUAUGGAUUAUCAAAAUUUUCGUGGAUCCCAGGCCAAGGCAUCGGUCAAAGCGGCCCGAUUCCUUCAGUGGACUGGCACUCUUGCAACGCCAAUUUCAGCUUUCUUACAACGUAAUGUAGUGAGCAAGCUUUCCACUGAGGGGGUCUUGGUCCGUUUUGCGCAAAGCUCAACAGGUGCUGUCCCACUGAGGUAUCUUCCCAUGCCGGCCCGUAAGGGUAAGAUCCCAUGGAACGAUGAAAUUGCUUUGAAGCCGCAGGCUCGUUCAGCAAUUAGUACUAUUGCCUGGGUCAUACUGUUCCUUCUCACUAUGACCUUACACUCUAAGUCUGUGGAAAGUACGGCACCAGCACUUUUGCCAGAAACGAGGCCUGGUGUCAUCUCCAAGUUAAAUAAUUUUCUUACUACAUUUGGGUUGGAUAGCGCUCAAAGAAAGGAGCUUCACUUCAACGUGUCUGUUGCAACUGUGGCUAUUUGCAUGUGCGUUGAGUCUUAUCGAUUAUUCAUUCCAAAGGCGCUUAGCAGUGUAUUGCCUUUUGCGAUCGCCGCAACAAUUAUUGGUUGGGAAUACAUAAUUCCAAUUUAUCUGGCCCUCUAUGUAUGGGUUUCUGGCGAUAGGCUCUUCUAUUACCCGACUCCGAUGGCGAUAGAACAUUCCGCGGGAAGGGCUAUGGCAUUUGCCUACCUUUUCACAUAUUUCCCAACCGCCGGCUUCACAAUCUGGAAGCCUGAGUUCAUGAGCACAACCUGGGCCGCCGCACACAUCAUGUUCCCCAUUGUGACUUCUUGUCUCUGCAAAUGGAUCGCUCAGCACAGUCAUGCUGCCAACCGACGAAAGCCAGGGGUAUUUGACAAUAAAUACAUCUGGCCUGUGUAUUCAGUACUCCUGGUGAACAUGUUUCUGUCUAUUGUGGCAUUACUGACAUUCAGAAGCGAUCUCUACCAGCUUUAUGGAAGAGCUCUGAUGGAGUCUACGAUUGAGCGCGAUGAGGCCAGCAUUGUUUCCAUUGAUUGGGCUAUUUUGAUAUUCAUGGUAUUUUCUCUAUGGGAGUUUAAAAGGGUCAACAUUUCCGCUAAAGGGGUUUUCGAGGGCAUAAUCUGGAUCGUCGCCGCCACCUUCUCCAUGACUCCUUCAUUGAUCUUGAUGAACAAUUGGAUUGGGCGAGAGAAGAGAUGGGAGCGAGCCAGGCAAGCCUCAUACACUGAGAACAAGAAGACUUCCGAUGCUGGAUCUGAUCGUCCUUGA